AUGGCCCUGCCCCUUCCAGGAUCCCCUUCAUCAUCGUGGGCCAUCUUCCUUGAGCGGCUCAAGCAAAGCUUCAGCGGCGCUGACCCUCGUGUCUGCGUCGCUUUCUGGCUCUUUGGCCUAAUCAACAAUGUCCUCUACGUAAUCAUCCUCUCCGCUGCCCUUGACCUCGUCGGUCCCAAUGUCCCCAAAGGAGUUGUCCUCCUCGCCGAUGUGAUCCCCUCCUUCGGGGUCAAACUAUGCGCCCCUUAUUUUAUUCAUGUCGUCCCCUACUCGAUCCGAAUCCUGGUCUUUGUGGUGCUCUCCGUGGCUGGCAUGCUGUUGAUCGCACUCACACCCGCUUACACAGAUGGAGGAACAAUCACCACUAAACUGGCUGGAGUGAUUCUGGCAUCGCUGAGUAGCGGUGGAGGGGAAUUGAGCUUCUUGGGGCUGGUCCAUUACUACGGUCCUUUUGGCCUGGCAGCAUGGGGCAGCGGCACAGGAGGCGCUGGAUUGAUAGGAGCUGGAGCAUACGCACUCGCAACUACAACUCUCGGCCUCAGCGUCGGCACCACACUACUGGCUUCUGCCUGCCUACCGGCUGUUAUGCUGAUCAGCUUCUUCCUCGUCCUCCCUCUGGAGCCUCUCCGAUCACAUUCCAAGAGACAUCACAACAGUAAUGCUCUGCUGCGGGAUGACGACAGUGACGAUCAAGAGCAAAGAGAGGGACUGCUUUCUUCUCCAGAUGCCAUCAAGCCGCCCUUUUCUUCGAAGUCCAGAAUGACUGCGUGGUCGUUGUUCAGAUAUAACUUGAGCCGGGCGAAAGGGCUUUUCUUCCCUUACAUGCUCCCGCUACUCAUGGUAUACGUGGCAGAAUAUACCGUUAACCAAGGCGUGGCACCGACUCUUCUGUUUCCGCUUCAGAGGAGCCCGUUCAAACAUUUCCGAGCCUUCUACCCAACCUACAAUGCGAUAUAUCAAGCCGGGGUGUUCAUAUCUCGAUCCUCGACACCGUUCCUCCGCAUCCACAAUCUAUACUUGCCGUCCUUGUUGCAAGUGGUCAAUCUGGCUGUCUUGACGCUACAUGCGCUGUUUGACUUCAUCCCUAAUGUGUAUAUUGUCUUUGCAAUCAUUUUCUGGGAAGGCUUACUGGGAGGCCUCGUCUAUGUCAACACGUUUGCCGAGAUCAGCGAAACGGUGCCUAAAGAGGACCGCGAAUUCUCCUUGUCGGCGACCACGGUGAGCGACUCGGGCGGGAUCUGUAUUGCGGGAUUCAUCGGCAUGGCGUUUGAAGUUUGGUUAUGCAAUUGGCAGGUUCGGCAUGGGAAAGACUACUGUAAGAAGUUGUGA